AGUGAGGUGAGAGAGGGAAAGAGGCAAAGCCAGACCAGUAACAAAUGCGUUCCUGUGACUUUCGACAGGUGUCAUGGCAUAUGCAAGUAAAUGGCUUCAUUCUCAGAGAUAUUUUAUCUGUCAAAGAGGCUUUAAAAAAUUAUCUGUUCCAAUCAUUCCCUAGCUUUGACAAUGACCCAUUCUUAUAAAAUGGCCGCUGAACACUAUGUAGCCUCGAGUCCAGGCUGCCAUGCCUGUAUCCUCCCUCUGUUCGGCGUCGCGCUCCUUGUAGUCCCUGCGAUAACGUCUUCACCAACGGCAGAUCUUCCAGUCAAGAGCGCUACCUUCGUGACAGCUCUUUACGACAUCGGGAGAGGGGAGUGGCCUUCCUUCAGCCGCUCCUUCAACCAGUACCUACGCCGCCUGCACCACCUCCUGCAGCUGGAAGUCGACAUCGUCGUCUUCGGCGACCGUAGACUGAAAGCGUUCGUCCGCGAGCACCGACAGACAAACCGCGCCAGGACCACCUUCGUGACGAAGCCCUUCUCCAAGCUUGACGCCUUCCGCCACAGACCGUACAUCGAGGACAUCAUGGCGUCGGCUGAGUUUCGCCAAGACAACGAGCUGCUCGCGCACCCUGAAGCCUUCUCCGCCGAUUACGUCAUUCUGGUCAACAGCAAGGCGGCGCUGCUGGCGCAGGUGGUACGGACCAACCCCUUCAACAGCUCGCAUGUCUUCUGGAUCGACGCCGGCUACGUUGCGACGGAAGAUGAUGAGGGGGCGUGGCAGGUGCAAGUGCCACCCAGAACAGCCUGGCGGCCCCGUCCCCUGCUGGAGCUGGCAGGCCGCAUCACCUACAUCGCCCUGCACAGUCCCAGCCUCUUCGUGAACGUUACCGACCUCCACAAGCUCAGCGCGGAGCCAGCUUUCGCCGGCGGUUUCUUUGGAGGAGACGUAGGUGCCGUGGCGUACUACGACCGGCUGUUCCGCAAGAGCUUCCUGCGCCAGCUGGCUGACGGGAUCGCGGACGACGAUCAAGGCACGGCGUUCGCGGCCUACUGGGAGCAGCCCGGCAUCUUUAAUCUGGUGCCUGGCUCCUGGUUUGACGCUUACAGACUCUUCCACUGAUCCCAUGAGGCCGCGGUAGUUCGAUUUUUUAAUAUUAAUAAAUGCAAAAUUUGUAAAGCGAAUACUCAAAACUCCUAAGGAGCAUGCCGUUUGUUUAAAUUUUAGUCUAACGAUUAGGAAUGUAGUAAUAAAAGGAGCUUGAAUUGCU